GUGUGACUACUGUCAACUCUUCAGAGUCCUACAAAUGUCAUGUGCGAGGAUAAGCAAAAGCUAGGGUGCUGUGCUUACAGUUGUAUUAAACUGAUAGUUUGUUCGCUAAUGUUCUUCAACAAAUCUAGAUUAUGAAUACAGUGGCGUCAUGCUGUAAAUCGAUUGCUUGGCGUUUUUUAAACCAUAAUUUCGCUCGUAGAUCUCUUGUGCUCGGCACAUGUAACGUGAAUGCUAGUGAACCCCUGUCCUAUGUAGGAGUUUUGUAUUUUCAUCAAAUGGCCUCGAACUCGGCGGGCAGUAAGAAACAACCGGGCCAAAAGCAGAAGCCGCCCAAAGACACUUUGAGACAUUUCAGAUCAAAAGAAAAUAGGAAACGCACAGACAUUCCUGGACCCGCAACAGUUUACGUACAAGUUGUUGGUUCUGGUAGCCGAGAUAACGAUGCGUCAUUGUAUGUGUUUUCGGAGUAUAAUAGAUACCUCUUCAACUGUGGGGAGGGAACACAGCGCUUGAUGCAGGAACACAAGCUCAAGGCUGCGCGGUUGGACAAUAUAUUUAUUACCAGAAUGAACUGGAAAAAUGUUGGAGGCCUGUCUGGUAUGAUAUUAACACUAAAAGACACAGGUGUGCCUGAAUGCGUUCUGUGUGGACCACCUCAGCUUGAAAAGUACAUCAAUGCUAUCAGGUCAUUUUCUGGACCAUUGGAUGAAAUUAAGCUAUCUGUGCGGCCUUACACUGCUCCACAGCAUACAGAUGACACAAUGACAAUCUCUCAAAUCCCAAUAUUUGCUGAUGUGAAGGAAGGGAGCCCAAGUCGGUCAUCACCAGGGCGUAGAAGUCCAUCUGCCAGUCCUCCUACUAAACAGAGGAGGGAGCUGUGGAGACCACAGGAAGGAGAGGAGCCCUCAGAGGAUAGCAGGGAAGGGAGGGGCAGUCCAGAUAACAGAGAUGGAAGAAUGAAAUCCACUAGAGACCCAUCUUUGGUUAUAGCCUUUGUCUGCAAGCUACAUCCUAAAAAAGGAAACUUUUUGGUGCCAAAAGCUAAAGAACUUGGUUUACCAGUGGGUACAGCUGCUAUCGGCCCCAUUAUUGCUGCUUUGAAGGAUGGAAAGACUGUGACCUAUGAAGGGAAAGAGAUCCUCCCAGAGCAAAUGUGUACUCCCGCUGAUCCUGGACCAGUCUUCCUAGUGGUGGACUGCCCCUCAGAGGAGUUUGUCCAGCCCCUCUGCAGCAACCAGCAGCUCCAAAGGUAUCAGACCGGAGGCUCCGAGGAUCCUGCAAUGUUGGUGGUUCACAUGACUCCAGAAUCUGUACUGAAAUCGGACGAGUACAAGCAGUGGAUGGAGAGGUUUCCAUCCAGCACGGAGCAUCUGAUUAUGAAUGAGCAGGCGUGCACGGCCCACAACGUCAGGAGCCACAAGAUCCAGUCUCAACUCAACCUCAUCCACGCGGAGAUCUUUCCGGAACUGAAGCCCCUUACAACCAAGGAGCCCCAGUCUGCCCUGCACGUCCCCAAUGUGAGAGCUGAGUGCCUGCUGAAGUUUCAGCUUCGACCCAAACAAGAGUGGCAAAGGGAUGCCAUCCCAGUGUGCGAUAGGGAGGAGUUUGUGAAGGAGGCGGGCGAGGUGCCGGGCUUCCUGCAGGAAGUGGAGCAAUGCAAGCGGCUCCUGGCCGCUGAUGUGGAGGUCCAGUCGGCGAAGGUGGACAAGUAUCCAGAAGUGGUGUUUCUGGGAACCGGAUCAGCGCUCCCCAUGAAGAUCAGGAAUGUCAGUGGAACACUGGUCAACGUCAGCUCCACUCAGUCAGUGCUGCUGGACUGCGGGGAGGGGACGUUUGGACAGUUGUGUCGUCACUAUGGGGACAGUGUGGAUGAGGUCCUCACCAGGCUGUCCACUAUAUUCGUCUCUCAUCUGCAUGCGGACCACCACACAGGACUGUUGAAUUUGCUGUUGCAAAGAGAACGAGCAAUGAACAGUCUAGGGAAAUCCUUUAUGCCUAUUUACUUGGUGGCUCCAGUCCAGAUCAUGACUUGGCUUAACCAGUACCAUGACCACUGCCAGGAGAUCCUCAGUCACAUCAACAUCAUCCCAGCAAAGGUCCUGUGUGAAGGUGCAGAGAUGCCAAAGUACAAAACCAAGUCCUUCCUCCAGGCUAUGCUGAAGAAGAACGAUCUAACACGGUUCCAGACCUGUGUCGUGCGCCACUGCAAGAAUGCCUUCGCCUGUGGCCUUACCCACCAGUCUGGCUGGCAGGUGGUCUUCUCUGGAGACACCAUGCCCUGUGAUGCCCUGGCGCGCAUGGGGGCGAACGCCACGCUGCUCAUCCACGAGGCCACGCUGGAAGAUGGGAUGGAGGAGGAGGCCGUAGAGAAACGACACAGCACGACUUCGCAGGCGAUUGGGAUUGGCAUGAAGAUGAAUGCCGAGUUCAUCAUGCUGAACCACUUUAGCCAGAGGUAUGCCAAGAUCCCCCUCUUCAGUGCCGACUUCAACGAGAAGGUGGGAAUUGCCUUUGACCAUAUGAAGAUCCGUGUGGGAGACUUCCGAGUCCUUCCCCGGCUCAUUCCUCCGCUCAAGGCACUGUUCGCAGAGGAGAUUGAGGAGAUGGAGGAGAGGAGAGGGAGGAGAGAGCUGAGAGUGAAGGGUCUGGCUGAGGAGGCGAACGAAGACAAAGAAACCUCCUCACCUCCAGGGGGCGAUGCUGCUGCGGGUCGAGGAGCCAAACGUGAGCAGGAGGAAGAGCCUACGGGGGAGGCCAACAGCAAACGGCUGAAGGCCCUCUAAAGCUCAACUGGUUGUGUGGGUGUGUGUAAGACUUCAUGUGCUGACAUGCCAGUUAUUAGCAUUUUUUGUAUUAUUAUUUGAAUGUAGAUGAAAGCUUUUAUCAGUUGGAUUUAAGACCUGGAUUAAUUUUCAGACUUGGAUCCAUUGCUGUGGAUGGAGCUAAUUUGUUUGCUCUCUUUUCUUCACACCCUUAUUUUGUAUCAAACAUGAAAUGAACAUCAUCAUUUGCCAUUUCCAGGAAUAAUAAACAACCAGAUCCAAAAAUGGUGAAUCCCA